CACAAUAAAGAAGAAAAUAUCUAAAUUGGUAGGACCUUCAAAGAACUUAAGAUUCCAAUAAAACUAUCCCAAAGUUCCACUCUUCAAAGAAGAAAGCAAAGGGGGUCCUAAUUCCUAUCCUAAUAUUACCAACCAUGGCAGGUUCACUAAUCAUCUUCUUUGGGAUGCUAGGGAAUAUUAUGUCAGGGCUAGUUUACAUAUCUCCUGCAAACGUGUUUUGGCGAAUCUGUAAGCGUGGAUCGACGGAGGAAUUCGAGAGCAUCCCUUAUGUUAGCAAAUUACUGAAUGCUUACUUUUGGAUUUACUAUGGACUUAUUAAGCCUGACAGCCUUCUAGUGGCUACUGUUAAUAUGUUUGGUGCUGUUGUGGAGAUCAUUUUUCUCACUAUAUUCUUACUCUUUGCACCUCCAAGGAUGAAGAUUAGGACUGCCAUUCUUGUUGUGGUCCUAGAUGUGGUUUUCCCUGCAGCAGCAAUUUUGUGCACUCACUUUCUGCUACACGGAGAUACUCGAAUCGACGUUGCCGGGUUAUUGUGCGUAGCCUUCAGUAUGGUUGCAUAUGCUUCACCUCUUUCAGCCAUCAAAACAUUACUUCUAACAAAGAGUGUGGAAUACAUGCCUUUCCUUCUCUCAUUUAUCCUUUUCUUAAAUGGAGGAGUUUGGACUGCUUAUGCCCUUUUGGCAAAAGACUUGUUUGUUGGAUUGCCAAAUGGGACUGGAUUUUUCCUAGGAACUCUUCAGCUCAUUCUCUAUGCAAUAUACUGGAAGCCCAAGUCAUCCAGGCGAAUAGUGGAUGAUUUAGAGCAUCAAGACAAGCAUGAACCACUUAUCAAGUCUUCUGAACAAUUGCAACAGGAUACACAUACUAGAACGACUGUGGUUUCCUAGAAAAAAACGUGUUGAGUAAAUUUUUUCAUUUGUAGCCAAUCCAUACGGUUAAGUUUUAGAUGCAGUAAACAAAUCAGGUGCAAAAAUCAACUUUUCCCAUAUUGAAAAUAAGCUUUCUACAAUAAGAUUAGAUAUCCUUGCUAGUAGUGCAU